GGGCUGUUUGGCGGUCUUAGUCACACUUCCUGAAGGUUUGGUUAAGUGGGAGCGAGGAAGGAGAGGUUGUAAUGCACUUUGGGGUGACUUUAUAAAUGAGUUGGGUAGAGUUGAACCUUCUUACGUGUGUGAACAAAUGCUAAUUUAUCUAUCCGUAAUUUUGUAUUUCAACGUGGUAUUUCGUAUUAGCCCAGCCCGAGAUGACUGGAGUCUGAAACCGUUUAGGGAGCAAAGGAGCCAACUUUUCUUUGGAGGUGUUAAUUAUCCUGGCAAAAUUAAAUUACAUCAGCUCUGUAAAGGAUUGACUUGGUCCAGACAUCUCGGAGUUUCUAAUGUGGGAUCAGAAUGGGAGCAAACUCAGUUCUCAGCAUUCUGUUUUCUGUAUUCCAAUACACAUUGAGGUGGGGUGGGUUUUCUCCCAAUUACUGUUUCUUAAUCACAGUCUUUGUGUUUUCUAUCUCUAUCUUCAACUUUGUUUUUGUUUUGUUUCUUUUUUAAUCGACUCCCCACCCACUAUCCCACACCUCUCCAACAAAGCUUGAGGAAUUGUGCACAUGAGAUUUUAUGCAGAGGAAAUAGGAUCUGCGUGUUCAGAGGGACACCCAUCUGGCCCCUCGUGUUAAAUAAAGGCUCAGACAGGUUGGGAGUAUCCGCCAGGCACAGGAAGUCCUCCUUCCCUUCCCACCUGUCCCUGGAGACUCUGAGAGGCAGGGCUGAGAACAAACCCUGUGCUCUUUGCUGCUUUUCCCCAACCUCUUAGUCUUGUGCUCAUAACUACAGCUCGCAUCUGAUUUGCCUAGCUUGUCUCUGGCAUCCAUCAAUGAGCCCUUCUUCAAGGGAUGCCCUGGUCUAGCUGUGGAGAGUGUGGUGGUGGUCCUUUCCAACAUGGGUGUUCAGGUUCUGACUGCUUAAGAGAAGGUAAGAACCAGAGGGGCCAAGACUGGGGUGCUGCGCCUUGACCAUACCCAGCGGAGCCUGUGCUGAGCACUGUCUGGGAAGUUUCUGAGGGAGUUUGCAUUUCACCCACUGAGCUUUGAGUUGUGUCUCUUCGUUGAUUUUAUCGAUAAGCACCCAACUUUGUGCUGUGGACUGUGCUUUGCUGGGAAAUAAAUUCAUAUGGCAGAAUUCACUUCACCAGAGUCAAAGGACUUGGGAUUGCCCACCGAGUUUGCUAGCAUCUUGGGACCAAGAACUUCCAGACUGGAGGUCGGCUGUGCAGGUUCUGGAGCCCUCUGAAGACUUGAGUUGGUUAAAACAACUGGUGUUAGGAGUGGAUAAAUGAUGUGCACUGCCCUGAGCCCCAAGGUUCGCAGCGGACCCGGCCUGUCUGAUAUGCAUCAGUACAGCCAGUGGCUGGCCAGCAGACAUGAAGCUAAUUUGCUGCCGAUGAAAGAAGACUUGGCCUUGUGGUUAACCAAUCUAUUAGGGAAAGAGAUAACAGCAGAAACCUUCAUGGAGAAGUUGGAUAAUGGUGCCUUGCUCUGUCAGCUUGCAGCAACUGUGCAGGAGAAAUUCAAAGAGAGCAUGGAUGCCAACAAGCCUGCCAAGACUCUUCCACUGAAGAAGAUUCCCUGCAAAGCCAGCGCACCCUCGGGCUCCUUCUUUGCCCGAGACAACACAGCCAAUUUCUUAUCCUGGUGCCGAGACUUGGGGGUGGACGAAACAUGCCUUUUUGAAUCUGAAGGCCUUGUUCUGCACAAGCAGCCCCGAGAAGUGUGUCUCUGUUUGCUAGAGCUUGGCCGGAUCGCAGCCAGGUAUGGUGUGGAGCCUCCUGGUCUGAUAAAGCUGGAAAAAGAAAUUGAACAAGAAGAGACACUUUCUGCCCCGUCUCCUUCGCCUUCUCCUUCAUCCAAGUCUUCAGGAAAGAAGAGUACUGGGAACCUACUGGAUGAUGCAGUAAAAAGAAUCUCGGAAGACCCUCCCUGCAAGUGCCCAACUAAGUUCUGUGUGGAGCGGCUCUCUCAAGGUCGAUAUCGAGUGGGAGAGAAGAUCCUCUUCAUCAGGAUGCUGCACAACAAGCAUGUGAUGGUCCGCGUGGGAGGAGGCUGGGAGACCUUCGCAGGCUAUCUGCUCAAGCAUGACCCCUGCCGCAUGCUGCAGAUCUCCCGUGUGGACGGCAAAACAUCCCCUGUCCAGAGCAAAUCCCCAACCCUGAAGGACAUGAAUCCAGAUAAUUACCUGGUGGUCUCUGCCAGCUACAAGGCUAAGAAGGAGAUUAAAUGAAACUGGUCCCUGAAAGGGGACCCAUGCAAUGGCCUGUGUCCAUUCUACAGUGUAGCCAAUGUAGUCCACAUGCUCUGAGAGCCACACACAUCAUCAGGCAGGAAAAGUCUCAAAAGGUAGCACUAUUUAUUUUUAAUGCAUCUGUAGAACUUCACCUAAGGGAACAAAAUUCUAAACUCAGAACAAAAUCAGACAAAUUGUAAGCAAAUCAUUAUUUCUCAAUAUGUGAACAUAGUAUUUAGAACAAACCUUAUUAGGAACUCCGUUCUAGGUACAGCCAUUGGAGGUGAACAUGCCUAGGAAACUGUAUUUAGCACGUAUGGAUAGGUCAACAGAAAGUGCCUGCUGUAUGUCUAUGAGCUAAAGCACCCCAGACACUUUUAUAAUGGGAUUUUAUAGCUAUUUUUUACAAGAUGACAAUGUGAUAAUGUGCUACUAAAGUUGUCCAACAGCACUAUACAGUACAGAGUCUUCACAGCCAUCAUACUUAACUGGAAAGGCCACUUCAGAGAUGUUUACAUUCACUUGCAAGAUUGCCUUAAAGUUCAUCUCUGAUCCCUGACCAAACCAACCUCUGGGGUACUUUGGAUGUUGCCUGUGCAGCCCCUUAGGAAUAGCAGGUACCUUUCACACACCGACACACACACACACACACACACACACACACACACACACACACACACACACACACAGAGGAGCUAUGUUUAGGAUCACUUAGUGAAAUUCACAUGUAUAAGCUGGCAUACAUUCACAUGUUGAUGUGCAGACCACACAGUCAAAUGUUCAUCAGCUUUGUGAUUUUGUUUAUUUCAAGCAUUUUCUUAUUAAAAUAUAUCUUAGUUAGUCCUAUUCUGCUAUGCUGUCUCAUGAAGUAAAUUCACUGUAGUGAAUGAUGUUACAGACUUGUAUACCCAGGACAGGGCUGUUUUGUACCAAUGAACAGCAAGAUAUUGUCCACACUGAUUUAAGAAUUAAAAAUGAAAAAUUAAAAAAAACCCACACAUUAUCUGUCUCUGUGUCAGUGCUAAAAUAAAGUUAAUCUUCAAACUCCUAAUUUCCUAGCAAAUAAGAGGAGUGUCAGGUUA